AUGAAUAUUGUGAAUAAGCAAAGCACAAAUAGUCCCAAGAAUAAUAGGAAUAUUGAUUUUUUGAGUUCACAGCGCGAUGAUGACCUUCAAAGAGAGUUAGUUUAUACUGCAUACCACGAGAGUCGUAAAGAGAGAUGCGAUGGCUGUCGAUAUGUUCCAUUUUACAAGAGAAUGUAUCCCAAUGUGCAUAGUAUUUUUGAUGCGGGAGCGGCCAACUGCGGUGUUAUGAGAUUACUUGAGGCAAAAGGACUUGAAGUGGAGGGAAUUGAAUACAGUGAAUGGGUAGUAAACAACUUUUGUAAAGAAUUCUAUCACGAUCCAGUGAGGGUGGAGGUUGGUCCUAUUCAUUUGUCUAGGAAUAGAAAAUUAUUUGACCUUGUGCUAUGUACAGAUGUUCUUGAGCAUAUUCCGCUGCACGACAUUUCUCGAACCCUUCAAAAGAUUUCGAGUUUGGUGAAGCAGGGGGGCAGUGCUUUCUUAGUAAUCGCAAGUGACCCUUCAAAACAUGAGAACCAUCCUGAACGUAGCUCUGCCGCUGUAGAGCUUGAGCAAAGUGGAUUGAAAAUUCACGAAACAGUAAAACCACGAACUUGGUGGCUUUCUGAGUUGUCAAAAUAUGGAUUAGAGGAAGAUAAGAGAAAAAUGGCCAUGUUUUUGCAAAUAAAUAAAGAGGAAGUUCAUGAUCCCCGAUAUGGGUACAGCAUCAACAACUUCAAAAACCGCGGACAAAAUAAGGUUUAUGCGCCGAAUAAGAGGCACGUUGAUCGUAUUUAUUGUCUCAAGAAAAUUUAUUGA